UUGCAACUUACUGAAAAAAGCGCAAGUGUCAUUUGAAAUUUCAAUUCUACAGUGACAGCUUUAAUAUAUUUAUUAUUAAAAUGCCUGAAGAACGAAAACCUAGAAAUCCAUUAGAAUCGUUUAUUUUUGCUGUCACUAGCGUAAUUGAAGGACCAGUUGUUUUCGUACGAGAAAAUAUUGUCGAGCCGAAUCAAAAGAAAUAUCCAUGGUAUCAUCAACAAUUUCGACGGGUCCCAACUAUUGAUCAAUGUUAUACUGAUGAUAUUGCUUGCCAAUUUGAAGCAAAUCAACAAUUCAAGCGUGAUAGGCUAGUCGACAAUGAAAUCGUGAGCAUAUUACGACAAAGAUAUGAAGAUUGCACUCUAUAUGAAAAUCCUGAUCAUAGUGAAAAAUGCAAAAAUAUUUUAGAUGAUUAUAAUCGUGCAGCUGAGAAUUGGUUUAUCAAAUACGGUGAUUUAGGUGCUUAUGCUGACGCGAAAAAAGCUUAUAUGAAACAAAAACAUCGUUUAAUAUGGGAACGUCGUCAUGGUCCAGUUGGAUCUGGUAUCAACGAGAAUUGAAAUUAAUUAAAAAUCAUGUAUAUAGGAUUUAAAAUCAUUAAUUGUU